CUUGAAGCCAUGUACGCUGCUUUGAUCCUCUUGCUGGCGACGUCCACCGCGCUGGCCAAAACCAUCACGGUUGGAAUCGGAACGAGUGAGGCGAGCCGGCCACUGCACGUCUCCGUUGGGGAGUGCACAGACGUGGACGAAGAGGAGGUAUACACGUUGGACCUAAAACAGCCCUGUCGAGCAUUCACCGGCGUCAUGUGCACAGGGCAGACAGUCUUAUUGAAUCCCGGCGAACAUACCAGUAUUACUCCCGUGCCGGUCGGAAGUCUCUUGUGCGAAUAGACGCGGUCGUGAUCAGAUCUAUUAUGCGGUGGAUCGGGCUGUCGAUACUGUAUUCCAGGCUUUACCAAAAUAUAUCCAAGACUUUGUUGUUUAGUCACUGGUGUUUUUUGUUGUCGAGAACCGGUCAACAUGCAACAGCAACUUGAAGCACGAAUGACAGGAACAAGCUACUCAGCUUAGACCCG